UAAUACAUGCGUGCAAUGCGGACUCGAAGGAGGCAUGAAACAACAAUACGAGCUGGUAAAGAGGAGGACAAAGAAGAAGAAAAAGAAGAUGAUAAGGAAGAAGAGAAAGAGAAAGGAUAUGCAGAGGAAGGUGGAGGGGGGAGAGUAUUAGUGGCUGGAAGCUGGAGCUCGGGCGUCAGUGUGUUACGCGAUUCGAUCAUGGCAACUCACCUUAUACUACUGCUGCCAAUCAUUUUACUACAUUUCAAAGCAUCAGGUGUGAAUGGUGCCGUAGUUGAGUACUAUGGAAAGCCUUUGGGCCCGCUGAGCUCAUUCCACCAUGCAGUAUCGGGGAAUGUGUUCGCUGUCGAUGCCAGGACAAUACACAUCAGGGACUUCAACUACGAUGGUGAAGGACCAGCUGCCUAUUUCUAUGCUGGUAACUCGAAGGCCCCUGGCAGCUCUGGAUUCAGAAUAGCUGACGAGAGAGGACAGCUCAAUCCGUUGAAGAAGUACAGAAAACGUCAUGUGACAAUAACUCUGCCGGAAGGCAAAACGUUACACCAUAUCAAAUGGCUGUCAAUCUGGUGCGAAGAAUUUGCGGUAAAUUUCGGCGAUGUAAAAAUUCCGAAGAAUCUGGACGUGCCGAAGCCGCAGAAGUUGGCCGGACUAUCGGGUGUGCACUCCGUCUCAUCCGACCCGAUCGUAGUGGUUGACGCCCAAACCCUGCUUGUGCCUUCAUUCUCAUACGAUGGAGAAGCUCCAGACGCCAAGUUCUGGGUGGGCCGCGGCAACAAGCCGAGCCCGGCAGGCGUCCGUGUGCCAGACGAGAACGGCAAGGAGGUGCCACUGCGACGCUACUCGCGCAAAACACUUGUGCUCACUCUGCCCGGCGACCUGACCGUCUUCGACAUCGGCCACUUUGGCGUCUGGUGCGAGGCGUUCACUGUCGACUUUGGACACAUUCAGAUUGGGCGCAGUCUCAACGUGCCGCCUUCCUUGAAGAUGCUUGGUGUCUCUCCACAGUCGAAAUUGAACUGCGAAGUAUUGGACGAUGAGCUGGCAUUCGAGGUGCGUUGGGCUGUCGCUGGAGACAGCAUUGUCAUUCAACUUGUUGCCAAACUCGAGGACGGCGAAUACAUCUCGUUCGGACCGUCUGGCGAGGAAGGCCGUAACGUGAUGGUGGGUGCCGAUGUGGUUGUAGCCUGGGUGGACCAUGCCACGCUCAACGGGUAUGCGGUCGACUAUUACCUGGACGCCAAGAGCCAGUGCGCCGGCCAGAGGGGCAGCUGUCCCGAUGUCAACAUCGAGAGCAAUACAGAGAGCGUACGCCUUCUGAACGCGGCGCUGGUGAACGGCUAUUCGAUAGUGACGUAUCAGCGUCCUUUGAAGGCCCACGACGCUCUCGACAAGCCGAUCUACACGAACAGAAGUCAGGCGGUCAUCUGGGCGGUCGGACCCCUCAACUCCAAGCAGGAGGUCUCCUAUCACUCCAUCACAUCCAAAGCGACGGUGUUCCUUGAUUUCGGAAGACAGCCAUCUUGGAAUUGUCCGAUUCCCGAACAGGAUGCUGCCCUAGCCAUGACUGGCCACAGGGAGACCAUCAAACAACAGCCUGAUACAUCUUCUAGCAUUGUUCAGAAGGAGGAAGUCGCCCUGCCGAAGAGUCGGCCACCCCCACCCCCCGCACCUGUGAACCGCAGCAAGGACGCCUGGGAGAUCCCCGCCAUUCAGUGCAACGAGCCCGAUGACGGCAUCUUCUAUGCUCAGAUGGGACCCACCGGAGGCAAGCGAGGAUAUUCUGCUAUCACAGGUCACGUGGGCUGGGGCAUCUCCUACUUCAUCAACGGACUGCUGAUUCCCGAGAUCUACGUGGUGCGAGGCAUGCAGUACACAUUCAUCACGGAGGGAGGUAUGGAUCCGGACAUCCCCGCCAAGUAUCACCCCUUCUACAUCACUGACGACCCCGUCGGCGGCUACGAACACAAGACGCCCGAGGAAAAAGCUAAAGUGCGCAUCUUCGCCGGCGUGGAGAAGAACUCUCGGGGCGAGGUGGUGCCAACGGGCACAGGCCGCCUGUGCAACUGGACACCUGACCCCGAGGCCGACCCUGACUCAUUCGCCUCGUUCGGCGCCUACCAGCGAGUGCUAACACUCGUCUGCGACUACGGCGAGCCGGGUCUCAUUCAGUGGACGCCCGACAAGAACACCCCAGACACUGUCUACUACCAGUGUUUCUCGCACCGCUACCUAGGCUGGAAGAUCCACGUGUUGGAUAGCUGUGACCUGCCUUCGGGGGCGGCCAGUGAGCCGGUCGCCGUCAAAGUGCCCCCUCAGGGGAGUCUCGAAUAUGCCGACGAGCUGCAGUCCCGACCGAGCAUCCGAGUUGCCACUCGCGUCCUGCCGCAUCCUCAGAUCAUCAAACAGGACUACCACAAGACCCUGGCCGAGAGUCCCGCCAAUUUCAAGGACGGAAUAAACGGUUACGAAUCGGGCUUCAAGAUACCGUUCAAACCUGACCCGUCGAAGAACGGGGGCUACGAGAUUGCCAUUCCAAAUGAGCAGUACUUCAAAAAUUCUGGGGCGAAGAAUAACUCACCGUACAGUGUGAAUGAGGAUGUACAGGAGGGAUCAACUCUGAGGAAUUUUGAGAACACUGCAACUACACUGAAACAAAAUAAUGUGACUUACUUGUCAACUAGUAGUUAUUUACCGACAGUGACGCAACCCACAAUCCACCCCCAAGUGGGUCGUCGACCUCUUCCACAGGUUAUGACAAUCAUCCGCCCCCACCGCCCCAUCCCACCCAUCAUGCUAAUGGCUCAGCAGGGCGCUUCGAUGCAUCGACCUCUGCUCGUCGCCAACAAUGCCCCACAGCUGAGGCCGAUCAUCAUGAAGAAGCCAGUGCUGAGAGUGCCCUCCCGCCCCGCUGCCCCUAUCCCCAACCGCCCCCUCCCUCAGUCCACCGUUCUAAUCCCGGCUUCCCAACGCCCCCACCAACAGCAGCAGGUGACUAAGAGUGUCAGUGUGUCGUACUCGACGGGUAAACUGAAGAAACCCAUCCCUCUACAAAGCGACUCAACCAAACUGAAGUCUGAAACCAAGAAACGUAACCCCAGCGAACAAGUGUUCAGUAGUAUGCCGUUGAGCAGUGGCUUCAACCCGGGUGCAGUUGUACUUGAGUCCGGCUUCAAGCCAAUUAUCCACAACUUCACCAACGAGCAUGACCGAGUCGGCACGAGUGAUGAUGGCGAGGAGGAGGAGGGUGAGGAGAUGGUGGGUGCUAUCAAUCUGGACCCCGUCGAUGAGGGACAAAAUGGAGGUGCUGAAGAAGUAAACAAGGAUGAGUUUUUCGAGCCGAUUUUUGUUCCAUCGCCGUUGGAUAGUUUACAGAAACCUACAAAAAAGCAAGGCGGUGAUGAACUGUCGCCCACUAAGAAGAAACUAAUGGCGUCGAACAAACCUGUGAGGCAGAGUAUUGUGGUGAUCAGGAGGCGACCCAUGUACGCAGAAACACCCAAAUUCAGGUCUCAAUCACCAGAUCAGGUAGAGGAUGAGCUCGCCAUGGCAGCUGAACAAAUGGACACCUACUAUCUGCCUCCCUCAGGACCAAUCUACGGUGUGUCAACCAGUGGCCACAUAUCUGUGCCAGCCAAACGCGAGUCGAACGGUGCCACAAUCGUGACCUACGACGGAAAACCAGUGGCCAACGGUGAGGUGUUGUCGCCAUCUUCGUUGAGUUCUAGAAGCUUCUCAAAGAAACCGAAGGGCUCCGAGGACCUGGUCCGUAGCACGCCACAGUUUGGUGUGUUUAGAGGGGAUAUUCCGCCACCGGUGCCUGAAAAUAUCCGACCCGAGUCAAUUCCGCAGCUGCAGUCGAGGAAUGUUGGCGCACCCAGUCGUGCUGUGAACCUUGACCUGCAGCCGACUCAAGGCAGAACUCAGCUGACUCCAAUCCAAUUGGAGCCGGUUGACGCCAGUGAACUCUACACCGACGCCUCAAACAAACAAGAAACCAUUGCAGCUAUUGACGAUCAGAAAGAAGAGUCCGAAACAAAAUACAAGAAAGACAAACAAAAGAAGUUACCAGAGGACGGAGAGAGUACGAAGAAGAUUGCAAAGCGAGAGAGGAGAUCCGCACAUGAAGGACACAGCCAUGACAAUGACGAUCAUGAUCACCAUAAUCAUCAGCAUACCGAUGACAAGAAAAUGAUGAAAUCCGCAGCUUCCUACUUCAAUUACGGAAUUCCUCUACUAUUAGUUUCGUUUGUUGUAUGUUGUGUGGUUUGAUUUUCAAUACAGUACAAAAUGUUGACAGUAAUAAUUGGGAAUAUUAUUGUGGUAUCAACACUGUUCAUUCAGUGUUUAAUUUUUGCAGGGUUUUCACAUAGUUCGUGAUGAUUAAUUCAUUGAAGUUGUGUUUUUAUUUUUUUAUUAAGAACUUUGAAAUACUGCUUAAACUUGAGGGCUCAAGUAAUUGAGAGUUCAAUAAAUAAAUAAAUGACAGUUGGGGAUUGUGGUGUCAACAUUGUUAAAUCAGGUUUUAUUUUUUUUUACAGGGUAAUUGAGGGAAGUGAUUGCUUUCAUUGUAUUAUAUUUCCUAUGGAAAAUGUGCAAAUUGGUGACAAUAAGCAAUGAGGGUAUUUUUUGUAUAAAACAGACAAGAUUCAUUUACUCGGAAAUUGAGAUUCUUUAGAUUUUUUGUUAAGGUAUAUUCAAUUUUCAGUUUUUCAUUUACUGUAGAUGCAUUAUUUUUGAUUUACCAUAUUUCUCACGGAAUAUCAAAAUCGCCAUGCAAUUUUGUUAAAUCUUCAUUGAAACUACUAUAUUGGGGAGAAAAUUAUCACCUGAAGAAAUGUGAUUUGGUGUGUACGCGUAUUUUUCAACCAUGAGAAAAACCUCUCCUUGUUCAUGAAUUGAUAAAGAUUCCAAAAACUAUAUUUAAUGGAUGUCCAAUGAUGGAUAUAGAAAUGGACAAUUGAAGAGAUUUUAUAGAUGCAGGAGCUAUAUUUUUCAAGAAAACAGUUACGUAUAGUUAUGGAUAGUGUUAUGAAUACUUUCUGUUGUUUUCAAGCCUUCUUAUGUACCUACAAUGUUUGAGUAAUAAAUGAAUUCACAUUUAUAAAAGAAAAAUUGUAUCCAUGAAAAGAAUUUAUUUUUUCAAAUGUUUUGAAAAAUAAACAGUGUGAAGAAUAAUAUAUUUUUAAACAGUGAUUAGAUUAAGCUCAUGUUUACCGGGGGAAAUUUAGUUACUAAAGUAGCCUUUUGGUUUGAUGACAAAUCAUAAUAUUGCUACAAUAAUAUGGGAUGGACUGGAAAUGCAUGUUGUAAGAAGCAAUUUCCACCUAAUGAUUGAGGAUGGUUUCCAUUUUUUCAAACAUUAUGUUGAGUAUAAUAUAUUUUAGGAUAUUUUCAUGUGGAUUAUGAUGGAGAACAAUACUUGUGAUAAUCUUUGUAAAUUUUUCUAUUGUAAAAAACCUUAAUAAUUAAGAAUAAAUAUGAGUGUUUUUA